AUGAGUAUUGUUCUUCCUGUUCUUGUCUUACUUGCCUUGGCAACCAUCAACGUUUGUUUCUGCAACAACAGAAGCACUCACCUAAAUUGCAUCGAAAGUGAGAGACAAGCACUUUUAAAAUUGAAGCAGGAUUUUGGAGAUGAAUCAAACAUGCUUGCUUCUUGGAGUGGUGAUGGAAAAUGCUGUUCAUGGGCUAGUGUUAUCUGUGGCAAUUUGACCGGCCAUGUCCUUGAGCUCCACCUUGAAGGCAAUUUGACACGAUUCUUGAGAGGCAAGAUAAGCCCCUCUUUGGCUGAUUUGAAAGAUUUGGUUCACUUGGACUUAAGCAACAAUUGUUUUGUGGAUAUUAUUCCUCCAUUCCUCGGUUCUAUGAAAAAGUUAAGGUACCUUAAUCUUUCUUAUGGUGGAUUUAGGGGAAUGAUUCCUCCUCAACUCGGAAAUCUUUCCGAUCUGCAGUAUCUUGACCUUUCUACACAUGGCAUCUUGACAGGAAUGAUUCCUCAUCAAUUGGGAAAUCUUUCCAACUUGAGAUAUCUUGACCUCAGAGGUGGGAUUGGCUUGAAUGUUGAGAAUUUGUCUUGGCUCUGUGGUCUUUCUUUGAUGGAGCGCCUUGAUUUGAGUGGUACCUCUAUUCCUAGUUGGAUUUUUGGUCCUAAAGACUUGGUCUUUCUUUCACUAUAUGGUAAUGAUUUUCAAGGUCCAAUUCCAAAUGGACUUCAAAACUUGACAUCUCUUAGGCACUUUGAUUUGUCUAGGAACUUAUUCAACUCUUCAAUACCCGACUGGCUGCACAAAUUUAGUUUCCUUGAGUUCUUUUCUCUUGAAAGGUCUCCCUAUGACUUCAUACCAUGUGGUAAACUUGAAGAUUCUUUAGGACAACUUUCAUCCUUGGAACAAGUAGAUCUUUCCUUUAACAAAUUGGAGGGAACUAUAUCUGAAAUUCACUUUGUCAAUCUCACAAGACUAUAUGCUUUUGAUGUAUCUAAAAACUCACUAUCAUUGAAAGUUAGUCCUGAUUGGAUUCCUCCUUUCCAACUUAGAGUGCUUGGUUUGCGUUCUUGUCAUUUAGGGUCUCGAUUUCCAUCGUGGCUUCCUUUGCAAAAGAAUUUAUUUGCUUUGGAUAUAUCAAACUCAACACUUGUAGAGACCAUAUCUAUUAGGUUUUGGGAAUUUCUUUCCCAAAUUUCUGUUUUAAAUCUCUCACACAACCAAAUUCAUGGAGAAAUUCCAAAUUUAAGGGAGACUGCUCCUUUUGGAAGUCUGUACUUGCAGUCAAAUAGUCUAUUAGGUCCAUUGCCUAAUAUGUCUUCCUCGCGUCCCGCUGAAAUCAAUCUUUCCAACAAUAAUUUCUGA